AUGUGGACUGCUGUUGUGGUUUUUCUGCUUUUCUGUGUAUGUGAACACAGGUUUUCUGUCCUGAAAGGGAGAGGAGUCCACGUCGUGCGAAUAAACAGGCUUACGACAGAAGAGCAGUGCAGGCAGGCUUGUCGAGGACCUGCAGGAGAUGGUGGCACCGGAGGACAAGCAGGUCGGCAGGCUCCCCCUGCGCUACUGAUUUCAUUGGCUUUCCAGUUAUUUUCACUGAAGCCGAGUCAGGAUCGUUUAAGACCUCACCAUCCUGCUGUGGAUUUGGGUUUUUUUCUUUCUUUCUUUCUUUCUUUGCUUAGAGCCACAACGCAGCGCUCAGCACCCGUGUGUAGCAACUCGUUUUCUCUGCUGCUUUCAGGUGCCUGUGGCUGUAACUGGUCUGUGCCCUACCGGAAUCACUGCCUCCUCUUGCGGUGUCACCAGCUGAACGUCUGCCGGAAUGCUGGGGAAGAGGACAUCGAAGAUCUGCUUGCAGAAAUUGACAGUGAGAGAAGAACAGUCCUGCUUCACCACCAGAGCUAUCCACAGAGAACGAAGCGGAUGGUGAAUGCACGGGUUGGCCGACACAACGUGGAAAGCCUGUUUUCCUCAACUGCUCAGACUCAUAAGAUCCACUUGAGGAAUUUGGCCAAGACAGAGACCAUAUCAACCGCUGCUUCUUCUCCCACUUCUAGUAAUGUCCCUCCUUCCACUUCCAGUAAUGUCCCUCCUUCCACUUCCAGCCGUGUCACCGCGCUCGUGACCACUGCUGAAGGACCACGAAAUAGGAGCCCCAUCUCAGUGUUGUCCCCCACUGCUACUCUUGCUCCUCUCACUGUUGUUUCUAAAGCAGAUACUCAAACGUCUCCAAACCAGCAGUUCAACACCACCAGCGCUCCCGACUUGAGUAGCCCCCGCACCAUUGGAGCUGGCUCAGGGACACCGGACACCACACUGACCACCCUCAUCCCGCAGAACCGAGGAACAUCUUCCGCUCGUGCCACGAUGCUCAGCCCCUUGGAGAGCUCGGGCUCCACGAGUCCACUGCCCAGCGGUACGUCACACCACGAGGAGCCAGAAGCAAGUACGGCCACACCAUCCGUGAGCAAAUCGACUGCUCUUCUGGGCUCCACGAGAGGCGCCACGGUUUUAACUACUGCCUCUACAGUAGAAACUACAACUGGGCGUGGGAUGAAGUCAACGCCUCGCGUUUUCUCAACAACCCAAGCUCCGGGAGAUGCUCCCAAAACAACAGCUUCGAGCCCUGCACAAACUCAGGGGACGGAUGACGAGUAUCUUCUCAUUGCUGCGGAGCCCCUGACUCAGUACUUGGUGGAUAGAAGUUUCCUGCUUGUAGUGCUUUUAGUUGGGACGUUUUUUUUCAUCACGGUUAUAGUUCUUUUCUUGACACAGGCCUACGAGAGCUACAAGAAGAAGGAUUACACACAAGUGGAUUACCUGAUCAACGGAAUGUAUGUGGACUCGGAGGUGUGA